AACACACAAGCAAUGAAAUAGAAUGAGAGUUUAGUCGUGUCGAUAAGAAUCCCCGGAUUAGGAAUGAAACCAAACACGAGAGCAGGGAAGAAACAUCAGUUGCCAUACUUGUCUAACUUCUCAAACAUUUUGAUGGAUCCAGAUCGAACAGAGAGGUUCCAUACUCGUCCCAUCAAUACUUCUUCAUUAGAUUUCACUAAAUCCAUUCACUUCUCACAAAAUUAUUGUGAUAAAAAGCUUUUGCGUUUGUAAUUUGAUACUCUAUAGGACCACUGCGUUGCUUUACAUGUGUGAGAUAUGGUCUCCAAGAAGGCACAAAAGCCCCCAACGAUGCAUAAUAAGUUCAGUGCAAUCUUAUACAACGCGCAUUACCAUUACCACUGAUCUCCGUCAUUAACAUUUUUAACUGCUAAUUUUGGAGCCGCAAAAAGGAGCAUAAUUGUAAUUUGAUUGUGCCAGUUUUUGAGCCACAAACACUGAUCCACCUUAAAUAGUAACUUUCCUUGGUCAGAGAAAAUUUUUAGCCCCACGAAUUCAUUGUGGUAGGAGAUUCCUUGUGAGUAGGAAGCUGCAAUAUAACAGCUCAUGCUUUUCCUUUCUCCCUUUUAUCUCUUUUCUUUCUUCGUAAAUUGAUCACUCGUAUUCAUAUGUUUCUCAUUUACAUAAAACAUUCAUGUUCCAUAUAUUUUCACUAAAACAGAUCUUUUUGUAGUCUCAUGGCACUGGCAGCUAAGUCAUGGAUAAUUGGUCGCAUUAUAACAUUGCUAUUCUACCUAAAACUUGUAACCUUCAUUGAUGCUGCACCACAGGUGCCUUGUUAUUUCAUUUUCGGGGACUCGUUAUCUGACUGUGGCAACAACAAUAAGCUUCAAUCACUUGCAAAAGUAAAUUCUCCUCCUUAUGGCGUUGAUUAUCCUGGUGGAGUCACUGGUAGAUUCACCAAUGGUCGAACUUUUGUGGAUUUCUUAGCGGAAUUCCUUGGUUUUGAUCAUCACAUGCCAGGCUUUGCAACUGUUGAAGGAAAUGCCGUUCUCCAGGGCGUCAACUAUGCAUCUUCUGGAUCAGGAAUUUUGAACGAGACAGGAGCUAUAGUUGGUGAGAGGUUCAGCUUACUCCAGCAAAUAGACAAUCACAAAUCCAUAAUCACGCGCAUCAAGCAAAUACAAGGAAAUAAUGAUCAGACUACAAAUCAGUACUUGAACAAGUGCAUGUACACUGUUAAUAUUGGAAGCAAUGAUUACGAAGGCAACUACCUCAUGGUUCCAGCUGCAAACCGAACAACUCCACCUGAUAAGUGGGCAGCACAACUUAUUACAGCAUACUCAGACACGCUGAAGACUUUACAUGGUCUUGGAGCUAGAAAGGUGGCUAUCUGGGGACUUGGCCAAUUAGGUUGUGAGCCGUCCCAGGUUCUUGAGGCUAAACCCAAAACACCUUCCGGUUGUGUUGAUGAUAUUAAUAAAAUGAUCAGCCUAUUCGACAACAGUCUCCCAAAGCUUGUUGAUGACCUCAGUAAAACUCUGCCUGAGGCACAUUUUGUUUAUGUUAAUUCUUCUAAUAUCAGCCCAGGGAACGAUGCUGCAGCACUGGGUGUUAAAGUGACCUUAGAGCCAUGCUGCAAAGUAGGAAAAACAGGAGGCUGUAUUCCUAACUCUGCUCCGUGUGCCAACAGGAAUGACUAUUCGUAUUUUGAUUUGUAUCACCCGAGUGAGAGGAGUAAUCUUCACGGUAGUCUGAAAGCGUAUAAUUCUACUGAACCACUAGAUGUUUAUCCAAUGAACUUACAAAAAUUAGCGCUGCUCUAACUAGCAUUAUACUCCCCCUUCUUUUACUUUCCUCUACAGUCAGACUCGUUGACUUGAAUUCUCCAAUCCUUGUGUUAUUUGUCAUAGCAAUGGUGUUUGACAUGUAGGUCAUUUUGUAUUAACAGCUUAUAAGUAGUUUUCCUGUAAUGAAUUGUUUUUUAGGUUUUGCAGCAACUCACCUCCUUGAGGCAAUUACGCGUAUUUCAUCAAAAUUAUACAUUUUUAUUCUGAAAAGUAAAACAGAAUUAUGUAUCUGAUUGUGGACACGUGCUUGAG